AUGUGGGAGAGACGUGGGUUGGGCACCUGGAGAGUUUAGGGGUUUAUGCGAAGUAACAGUAUAGUGUUCGUGAAUUUCUGUAGAUAAGCAUCCAGAGCAGCGAUAAUGACUAUUAAAAUUUAUUAUACUACCGUCACUGGAUCUAGAGAGGUGAAAACCCAUCAAAAUGCUGUGACUCAGGCUUUGGAUAGCAAGGGUAUUAAAUAUGAGUUGGUGGACAUCUCCCAAGACAGCUCACUUAGAGAUGAUAUGAGAUCCAAGUGCGGAAAACCCACGGCAAUGCCUCCCCAGAUAUUCAAUGAAGAACAGUACUGUGGGGACUAUACACAGUUUGCAGAAGCAGUGGAAGAUGAUGCUGUGGAACAGUUUCUGAAGCUAGCUUGAGUGGUCCUCUCAAAACAAGUUGAUUCUUCUCUUCAGCACCAAGAUUACCCCAAGCUUCUGUCCUGCACAGUAUGCCAAAAAAGGGAGCAUUUCACUGCAUUUCAGAAAUCCCAACAUGUUUUUAUGUUCUUUGGCCUGUUAUAGUUUCCCCUUCUGUGUUGUACCUGUCUUGCUGCAUCUACUGCUUGUUAUGUUAUAGGGUCCAAAUAUAUCACAAAUUCCAGUGUUUGUAUUUUUUUUCUUUUUUUUUAUACACUUAUUCUUUUAUUUUGCAUGACUAACUGUGAAUGUAAUGUUUUUUCACUUAACUGUAUUGAUUGGAAUGAGAUUAUUGCACACGAAUAUCAAAAUGUACUCUCUACACAGACCAUUUUUGUAGGGAGACAGGUUUUAUGCAAUAUUUUGUUAAGUCUUAAGAAUUUAUAUUUGUAUUAAUCUGUCGUAAUUGGUGAUGUCUUUCCAGUCCUAUGAAUAGACAGAUGUACUUAACUUUCAAGAAGGUGUGUGUGUGACUUUAAUGUACGGUUAUAGCGUGUCCAUUUCAUUUUACCAUAUAGUUUUUGAUUGAGGCAAAUGUGUAGAAGCUGAUGUUGAUCUUUUAUUUCUGUUUUUCUUUUGAUUUACCUGCUGCUCUGACUUGGUAAUGUGCUGUCAUUCUGCGUAAUGAAGUUGAGGACUGUCAACUGUAUAGAUAUUUUAGCCUUUACAUUCCUGUCUACUGACUUUGGGAAAUCAAAUAGCCUUUUUUCAUUUAGAGCGCACACAUGUACUGGUGAAUGUCCCUAGACAGUUGUAUACAGUACGAAAUGCAUUUGGUGACAGACCUUUGACCGUUACAGUAAUUUAAAUGGGGGAAAGAUUGCUUAUUAGAUUACUGCAAUGUUUUGUGGUGAUCAGUUCCACACUGCUUGUGUAAAUACGAUUUUUAUUGGUGUCUUAUAGACUGCAUACCAUUCUACCUCCCCAGCUUGAACUGUUAAUUUGUACCUCUUGUAUUUUCCACUAAAAUGUAAUGGUUAUGAAAAUGUACCUUUUUUUUUUGGGGGGGGGGUGAGCUAUGAAAUGUACUGGCUUUCUGGAGUUAAAUUCUGUUAACAUUUUAAGGGAAAUGUUUUAAUGAUUUAAACUCCUGUAAAGCUAAAAAAUAUUCUUUAAAGUUGUAGCUUUUUCAAAACAUUCCACUUUAAGGAAUUACAUGGCCUUUCAUCUGUGGUGGCCAGCCUUUACACUUUUCCUGUAACUAGUAAGUCCCAGCACCCUACCCCACCUGUGAAACCAUACCUGGGAUGAAUGCUCAGGGGGGUUGUUACUAUUUUUUUUUUUUUUUUUUAUUCUGUGGGUCAGAUGAAUGUUUUGUGAGUUAAAGCAGUAAUGGUCAGCAUCAGAAAUGCUUGAUUCUUAUAAGUAGUUUCAUACUUUCAUUUUCUUUUAAGUGGGGGUGGUCUAAACAUUUUCGUAAUGUUUUUGAGUUGGAGUCUUGCAGCUUUGCAGGAUUGGCCUGGAGAGCUAUAAUGAUCUGGUAAUAUAAAAUGUAUUGUUGAGCCUAAAUGGCUUGCCUCUUACGUUAGCUGUAGACAGACUAUCAUUAACUAUUGGUAGAAGAAGAACAUAUUCUCCAUGGAGCUUUUAAUAGUUUUCAAAUGGAAAGCUUUUGUUUCCAUUGGACAUUAAUGGUUUAAUAUUGCAGUAUUUCUUUAACUCCCGAAAGCAUUGUUGGGGUAGCUUCUGAACUAGCAGCAGUAAUUUUAGGAGUAUACAUACAAACAGCAGUUAAUUUAUUGUUUUGCCACUGUAGGUGGCGAAAGCAGUGUGCAAGACCAAACUUGCCUAUCCUAAGUCAGAAUGUUGUGCCAUGUUAGUGUGGGUGUAUAUUCAGCACUUUUGGAGAAAUUGGGCUAAUUACCAAACAACAUCAAAAGUGUUCCUGCAGUGCUUUGUAAACUAAUACAGAUGGAAAUGUUUGUAAAGUGUAGCAUUUCCACAGAGGUUGCUUUUUUGUGUCUUACAGUUGUGACAUUCCUAUAACAAGAAUACAAACUAAGAUUGGUGCUUCAUUUUAGACCAGUGCAAAUGAGCUCAGUGAAGGUGUUCCCUGGAUGACUACUGUGCCAGUUGAGUGUGUUAAUACCAGUGUAAGAAAAUCAAGUAAUGAAUCCCAUACACAGACUGUUUCACAUUAAGAUUAAGGAAAUGCUGCAAUAAACUCUGAGCAUUUCCUUAAUUGUAUACAUUUUAAACAUCUAGAGUACAUUAGGUUGCAUCUGUGCUUGGCAGUGGUGUCAUUGGGUGUGAAGGCGUAGUCUUUGAACAUCUUUUUUUUUUUAAUAGAGUUGUGGUUUGGACAACCUCAGAAUAUACAAUGUUUAAGAUACUGAAAAUUCCAUGUAAUUCAAGUUAUUGUUACAAUUUUGGUUAAUUAAUGGCUACUUUCUUCAGAUGAACUGCAUGAGAUUUCUUAGUAAAGAAAAUGAAAUGCAAGAUGCUCAUUGUGAGAACUGUAGAAUGUAGGCAUUGCAUUUUAUCUUUGUCUUUUAAAACACACCUGUAUUUGCAGAGUUACAAUACUGUAGGUUAAUUCACUUCUGGUUGUUGCAGGAUAUUGAUUUAAAUAAUGUGGGCAGUAUUUCACUGUUUUCCUGAUUCCUGAAUGUGGUGUGUUCCCUUAUUUCUUAAGCUUAGCAUCCCUUUUUUCCUGCCAAAAAGUAUUGUCUUCCAAGAAGAUAUUAAAGGAAUUUGCCUGUU